GUCGCAUUAAAACAAUCUUUUUUUUUUUUAUAAAUGAUAAGAAUUCUUAGAAAACACAAUAAUAAAUUAACAUAAAUGUUGUAAUUUGAUCAGCAGCAGAAAAAAGUUAUAAACAUAUUUUAAUGCAUGCUAACUUAAUCAAAUUGAGAUAAUUUUAUUUUUUUUUUGGACUAUAAUGGAUUUCGUGAUUAGAUAAAAAAAUUUGAAAUUAUUUAAAAUAAACAAUUGAAAGUAUUUAGUUCCUGAUUGUUGUACGAUUAACUGCAGCGCGCGCCCUGUGUGUGUUCGAGUACCUGUAUAAUAUAAUAGAUUCUUAACAUGGAAAAUAAAACGGAAGAAUUUAAUAUUCGCGUAGGAUAUAUCAGUGAUGCUACUUUGAAGCUAGCCGAGACUGAAUUGCGUGAAACACCUGAAAUUAGAGAAGCAGCUAUUAAAGAACUCCGAAAAUUGUUGCACGCAAGCCCUGAUCUUAACUACAGAGAUGACGAUGAGUUCCUGGUGGUUUUUCUUAGAGCAUGCCAUUUUUAUCCAGAAAGUGCGCUGAAAAAGAUGAAAUCAAUUGCGUCUUUUCGAAAGGAUUAUGCUCACUUAGUUCGUGGCUUACAACUUGAACCUUUCAAAGAAAAAUUCAUGCAUGGAAAUACCAUAAAUGUUCUCAAAAAUUGUGAUCAAUUAGGACGACGUGUUAUGCUUAUUAACUCCGGUGGUGCAUGGGAUCCGGCAUUUGUUUCGUCCGAUGAAACUUUCCAAUUGCUCUAUGGUGCUCAUCUUGUUGCACAACUCGAACCAGAAUCCCAAGUUCGAGGUGUUGUAUGUAUUUUGGACUUUGAAGGACUUUCAUUCAAACAAUUGAAAGCAUUAACUCCGAACUAUUUGCUCCGUUUGUUAUCGUUCAUACAAGAUGCUUUCCCGCUACGUUUAAAAGAAGUUCAUGUUGUUAAACAACCUUAUAUUUUCAAAGCCUUAUGGUCAUUGGCGAAACCUAUGAUUCAAGAAAAACUUCGUAAUAGGAUCAAUUUUCAUGGAGAUGAUAUGAAAUCUUUGCACAAAUUCAUAGAACCUGAUUAUUUACCUCGAGAUUUUGGUGGCUAUCUGCCAACAAUUGAUUAUGGUGGCAAAGAAUGGUACGAAGCUGUUGAGAUUCAUAAGGACUAUAUUGGAGAGUGGGCAGAGCUUGGCCCUGCCAAGUGGUGAUUAUUAUUACUUAAAUUGUAAUUUUUUUUAAAGUUAAGCUUAUAAUAGAUAAUAG